AAGAAAUAAAAAAGACAACAAACAGGAAAAGAGAAAAACGAAGAAAAAAGGACCAGAAAGAACAGAUCACAGCAGACGAGAGACGGAAAGAAAGACGACAAGAAAAUGAAAAACAAGAAAACAGGAAAUUUAAAAAAACCUUGAGAAAUGACCAAUGACAACAAAGCAGAGGAGGAGGCGGAGCCAAAACCAGAAGAGGAAGAGGAGGAGGAGCACGCAGCCAAUCAGGAGCUGCCGUCUGUCUCCUUGGCAACAGAGAGCAAAAGGAGGCGGGACUUGUCGUGCAUCGUGUGCUUCAGCGGCUACGACCUAGCCGAGCGGUUGCCACGGCGACUGCACUGCGGCCACACCUUCUGCCAGGCCUGCCUGCAGCGGUUGGACACCGUCAUCAACGAGCAGGUGUGGAUUUGCUGUCCUCAGUGUCGUCAGAACACGCCCCGCCCCCGUGGCGGCGCCUCGGGCCUCGACCUCGACCUCUCCUGCUUCCUGGGGGUCAAAGCCCAGCUGGAGCUCCGCCCCCCGACCUCUGCGGGGCCGGGGGGCGGAGCUCCGGCCCAGGAUGGGAAGCUCUGGCUGGGCAAGGAGCUGGACGACGCCUGUUGGUCCCACGGAGGUCUGGCCGAGCCCCGCUGCCGUCGCUACGGCAACUGCUGCCCCGCAACAUCAUCCUCGCCGUCCUAUUGGUGGCUGUGCUGCUGGCUGUGCUGCUGCAGGGGGCGGAGCUAAAACAUCACCAGGCAUACUGACCAAUCAAAUGCCUGCAGGUUGUUUAUCUUAUCAAAUAUUCAAAUAUUUAAAUCUUCAAAUAUUCAA